UAUAUGCGCAUGUAGCGGCUCGCGGUGUUCUAAAUGGGACAAUGUGACGGGUCGGAAGUGACAGCCUUAAUCGUGUGGGGUUAACGAUUAAGCCAGGUACGGACGGUUACCGUUACCAGGCAUGCAUACCGGCACCCACGUAUCAGGCUGCAGCACACAUUAUAACGGAGUGCAGGAUAUGAGACAACAGUUUUGAGGCGUUCAGCAGUGCGCUCUGUUCAGCGUCUGUUCACUCGUCUCCUCUGUGGACUUCUGCGUUUUAGGUAAACAGCAGCCAGAGCGCUGAGGGGAAGUGUUCUCCUGUAGGGCUGCUCCGUAACUAUAUCCUUGUGCUGCAGACCUUUAAAUACUCCUCAUAAAAUAGCCACUUGGUGAAAGGUGAGACCAUCCCAGCCCAGGACACGGUCUGGAGCGAGCUAGUCUGAAAGCACCGUCAGAGCGCGUGCAGGACUGACCUGCGCUCUUGGAUGACUUUCUGAAAAGAACUUCAGGCUACUAGCUGGACCUGCAAUACUUCAUGUACUUUUUCAAGCCAACUUUUCAAGACUUUUUGGUUACCAGUCGUUGUUGACCAGAUAAACAUUGGUUUGUUUGUUUUUGCUCUCUUUGAAAAAUAUAUAAUUGUUUCAUUCUUCUAUACAUCUGCCUACGGUGCUUACGCAGUGAAUGGAGGACAUACUCCAGCUUCUCCCGAAGCACCGGCAAAUUCUCACACACGCCUGGGGGAGAGCAGCUACUCACACCUGCCUUUGCAGGAGCUUAGUUGAGCUUUCAAAACGUUUUUUACCACUUCAUUUUGCGUUCAUGACCACAGCUGAGUGCCACUCACCAGCAUUCUUUAAUGGGAUAAAUUCACUUGCGAGAUCAGGUUAUUAAAAACCGAUCAAGGGGAAUCUAAACCAACCAUCCCACACCUUUUGGCCAUAGCCUAUAUUUGUAAUUCAGUCUACUGUCCCCAAAAGCUUCCGCAUGGUACUUUGGUCGAAAGAGCAAGACCAACCGCCGGACACCGACAUGUCAUCCGGGGCGAUAGAAAUGAAGAGAGUGGUACCACCAGUGUACCUCCACUCCAACGGCUCUGUUCACCCGGCCAUCCUCACCGAUGACCCCGAGGAGAUGAGACCGGAGGAGAUGAGACCGGAGGAGAGGGGCGAGUAUGAGCUCACAGAAGUGACAUCCUUCACAGACAGGUCUGGGGAACCGGGAGAUGAAGGCCGGGAGAUAGUGGUGAUAGACUGCAGGGCGAAUGCCAAGGGCCAGCGCGAGGAGGACGCUCUCCUGGAGAAUGGCAGCCAGAGCAACGAGAGCGACGACAUAAGCACUGACCAGAGCCCAGAGCCACCAGCGCCGUUAAAAGAGACGUCCUUCUCCAUCGGCCUCCAGGUGGUCUUGCCAUUCCUGCUGGCCGGGUUCGGGACGGUGGCGGCGGGCAUGGUGCUGGAUAUUGUUCAGCACUGGACGGUGUUUACAGAGGUGACAGAGGUCUUCAUCCUGGUCCCAGCGCUGCUGGGGUUAAAGGGCAACCUGGAGAUGACACUGGCUUCCAGACUGUCCACAGCGGCUAAUAUUGGUCAGAUGGACUCAGCCAAGGACAUGUGGAAGAUGAUCGUUGGAAACCUCGCCCUCAUCCAGGUCCAGGCCACGGUAGUAGGGUUCCUGGCGUCCAUCGCCGCGGUGAUCUUUGGCUGGAUCCCAGAAGGGAACUUUAGACUGGGACAUGCUAUCCUGUUGUGUGCCUCCAGUGUGGCAACCGCAUUCAUCGCUUCUCUGAUACUAGGGAUCAUUAUGAUUGGUGUAAUCAUCGCAUCCAGGAAGGUGGGCAUCAACCCUGACAAUGUGGCCACGCCCAUCGCUGCCAGUCUGGGAGAUCUGAUCACCCUCUCACUGCUGGCUGGCAUCAGCACAGGACUGUACAAGGAGCUGGAGUUUAACGACUAUGCCAACCCGUUGGUGUGUGCUGUGUUUGUGGCGCUGACCCCUCUGUGGGUGCUGAUCGCUCGGAGGAUCCCCUCCACCAGAGAGGUGCUCUACUCAGGCUGGGAACCUGUCAUCAUUGCCAUGGCAAUCAGCAGUGUUGGGGGUCUGAUCCUAGAUAAGACUGUGUCCAACCCCAACUUCGCUGGCAUGGCUGUCUUUACUCCUGUUAUCAACGGUGUGGGAGGUAACCUGGUAGCGGUGCAGGCCAGUAGAAUCUCCACCUAUCUGCACAUGAAUGGUAUCCCCAUGGGAGACCCUGACCCCAACCCCAGGAAAUGCCCCACCCCCUGCACUUCCUUCUUUGGUUCCAAUGUGAACUCUCGUUCAGCACGGGUGCUCUUCCUCCUGGUUGCUCCAGGUCACCUGGUCUUCCUCUACACCAUCAACUCCAUGCAGGGAGGACACACCACGCUAACAUCCAUCUUCAUAGCCUUCUACAUGGCUGCUGCAUUACUGCAGGUGUUGAUCCUGUUGUACCUGGCUGACUGGAUGGUCCACUGGAUGUGGAGUAGGGGGAUGAACCCUGAUAACUUCUCUAUUCCUUACUUGACGGCCCUGGGAGAUCUGCUGGGGACCGGCUUCCUGGCCCUCUGCUUCCAUGUCCUCUGGCUCAUUGGAGACAGAGACACUGACGUGGGAGACUGAACACACACCUGGACAGCAUACAUACAUAGCAUCAAUUCGGGCCCACCGGAAACAACCUGAACAACUGAACUGUACAGUAUCUCCCUCUGGACAUCGGAACAACUGAAUCACUUUCAGACCCAGACCUCAACCCUAACCCCUUGACCUCCAAUCUCCCCCCAAACCCCUCCCCCUGGGUCACAGACUAUGCCAUUUGUUCUUUAUUUGACUAAAUAAGAGUUUUACUACUAUUGUUUCUAUUGUUAUUAUGAUGACGAUGAUCAUGAUUAUUAUUGUUAAUAUUGAAUUUGAUAAGAAUCUAUAUCUGUUUUACCAUUGGGUGGGUGAAUCCUCAUUAUUUUCAAUGGGGACAUUCUCCCUUGGGCCAGUCACAUUGGCAGCAUUUGUAAAGAUGAGCUCAAUCUUAAAGACUUGAAAUGAAGACAGACAGACAGCAAAAAAAAACUCACACAAGCAUAGAAUGCUUAAUCACCAAGUGCUAUACGUAUAAAGAGAUGAAUACAUUUUUAAGGGACCCUUCCAAUUUGCCUUGCCUUGAGAGUAGUGAUUCAGUGAGGGCAGCUCCACAGGGGCCCGGACCAGAAUGUAGAGACCUGAAUCCGCUUAGGUAACAACCCCCCAACCCUGUUAAAGGAUGACUGAACACUAACCUGAAAAGAAACAGGAAGAUUUAAGUUGCCCUUAAGCACAGAUCUAGAAUCAGUUUACCCUCUCCAAAUCCUAACCUUAACCAUUGGGGAGGGAUGAAAACAUAACUGACCCUGUAUCAGUGGUAAGAGGCAACCUCAACCUAGUCCAUGGACAUAGGUCCUGCCAGAUGGUACAGUCAGGUGCUACAUUAUGUUUCAUAGGUCACCACGGAGGUGCCAGAUCGUACUGUCAGGUACCACAUUAUGUUUCAUAGGUCACCAAGGAAGUGCCAGAUUGUACGGACAGGUGCCACAUUAUGUUUCAUAGGUCACCAAGGAGGUGCCAGAUCGUACGGUCAGGUGCCACAUUAUGCUUCAUAGGUCACCAAGAAGGUGCCAGAUCAUACGGUCAGGUGCCACAUUAUGUUUCAUAGGUCACCAAGGAAGUGCCAGAUCAUACGGUCAGGUGCCACAUUAUGUUUCAUAGGUCACCAAGGAGGUGCCAGAUCAUACGGUCAGGUGCCACAUUAUGUUUCAUAGAUCACCACCAAGGAGGUGCCAGACCGUACAGUCAGGUGCAACAUUAUGUUUCACACUCAGUUGGAGGGUUGUUUUUUAAAAUGAAAGUCAACCCCAAUUCUUGCCAACCAUGUCCUUAGUGGUCCUUGAGGCCUCAAUGCUCAAUAGCAAGGUUUCAACACCUCCUUGUUGUCCCCUGAAUCCUCCUAAAGGGCUACGAUUGUGACAUUUCUUUAAUUACAUUUGUUUCUUCUUUGUUUUCACACAAACACUUAGACAUAAAGUGUUUGGGCUUCAUUAGUUAGUGAGGAAAGACAGGAUGUUGAGGGAGGAAUUGUCAAACCAAUAUUGCCUGCUUAGGAAUAUCAUGCAAACAUCUCGCUCGCUCUUUCUGUCUCUCGCUCUCUCAAGCUUUUUCAAAUGGUACAAACAACAUCAGCGAUCUUCUUGAGUUGAAGCAACUCAAGGCCUGUCCAUGCUGACUACCACACUUCCUUAAUGUCUGUUGUGCAUUGUACAUACACACUGUGCAGCUGACCUACAAUAUCUGCCACAGACGCCAUGCUUGAAAAUGGCUUCCUAUCCUACCCACAUUAACAUACUGUCAGCAUAGACACUCUAAUUCUCGUAAGCAGCAGAGCCCAGCUUGAUGGUGAAAUGCAUGUGUUAUCAUCUGAUGCUUUGUUAUCUGGUGUUCAAUGUAUAUGUUGUUUUAAGGGGCCAGCAGAGUGCAUGUGCAGGGCACAUAACAUGAAUAUUCAAAACGUGUGCAUUAUGAGUUAAGUUUCCUUCUCUUUAAAAGAUAAUGUAUCCUUCUUAGGUUUGACACAAUUUACAAAGUGGAAGUUGUGUCCGUUAUUAGAUGUAUUCUUUAAGUUCAUCAUUUUUCUUAAUCCUUCUGUGAUCUUAUGUGUUAUAGAAUGAUUAUGUCAUGUUUCUGAUUGAGAGCCCCAGUGGGGUUUAGUGUCACUGUUGGAAAGUACUGUAAUAUACACACACAGGCAACAGAGGGCAACAUUGUCAUAUGAGUGAAUAUGAGACAGUGCUGAUAGUGAUAGAGGCUGUUCACUAUUAGCUUCAUCUAGGUUAUAGAACCUGUAUCCAAGAUUCUAAUGUAGAACCUGCGUUUUGUAGAUUCUAGAAUUUGUAUUUUCUUGAUUCUAGAAUCUGUGUCCAUGACAGAAUUACAUACCUUCUGGAUUGUAGAGCCUGUAUCCAAAAUUAUAUUCUAAAACCUGUAUUCUUGAGGCGGAACCCUGGAUCUAGAACCUGGGUUCUCUCUGCUGUCUUACUGAACCUGUGCCAGCGUUCUGCCCCAGUACGGAUAAGAGGUUGUGAAUACUUCUUCAUGGGAAGGAAUGCUUUUUCUAUUUAUUUUUAGAUGCACACAAAGUAAAUUGUAUAUACUAUAUUUAUUCUAUAAAUAAGGUGUUUAUUUUUCAUUUAAUUUUGUCUCGGUUCUGUCGCUGUUUUUGUAAUUGUUUCUCAUUUUAUUUUUUUGUUCAUCCUUUUUUGGGUUGUAUCCAGCCAGUAGAGCUUCAGCGCUGCCGCGGUAGAUUAGCGCCUAGGCUAACAAACAACAGUGUGGGUGCCUAAUAUCUGAUGAACCUCACACACCUUACAUCCCCUGCCCUCGGGCAGGGACCCAAACAUAGAAGGCCUUAACCUAUCAGGAACCAAGCUCAACACAUCGUAAGAAUCUCUCUAAUUAGCUUUUAUUAAUAACUGACAUACCUUGAUUUGAUGUUGUAAUGUAAUGAAUGAAUAAAUAGUCUAUGAGAGAGGCUGCAUGGUUGCAAUGGCUGCAGUGUUUGGGAAUCACUAAGGCCAGAACCUUCAAUUGAGAACAUAAAUGAAUAGAUGGAUAUUGUAAACAGAAGGCUCUGACUAGAACAGACUAGUGGUCAGACAACACAGGGGUAUAACGGAUGGAAAAUUUCUCAAUAACCACAUUCCUCAAACCUCACCUCCCAGACACACACACACACACACACAACUAGCACAAAAUGUCCAUACAUAUAUAUUGGUUACACACACAAACACACACGCAUACACUUUAUUUGGAACUGUGUGCUCCCCCUGCUGUCCCCCUCUGUAACCCUGUAACUGUAGUGGGGUUCACAAUCUGCAGGACUUUAUAAAUUGCUGGAAAUAAAGGACUAUAUUAUUUUGUACCACU